AUGAGGAGGAAGAAGAAAUUGAACAACGCCGUGGUAUUUUACAUCCCCCAUCGUGCUAUUCCGACUGCCUCUAUUCCGGCUGCUUCUAUUGCGCGGUGGCUGCGCGCGUCAUGUGAAUCAAAAUCUAACAUCCAAUCUACAGAGCCUGUUGUUAAGCGGCCCGGCCCCAAAUCAAAACCAAAAUCUAAAGGACCCCUCUCUUUCGGCGCCGGAGCCACAUCUAUGGUCGAGGACGAAGAUGAAAAGACUGAGGUUGUUAUCCCCAAGCGCCGUGGGCUUGGCCCCAAGGCUGCGGAGCAAAGUUCUAGACAACGCAACAUUACACCCUCCGUUUCUUCAGAGAAAUUCUCUGCUCGUGUGGGCCAAGAUCAAGAUCGCCCUAGCUACAACAGUGAAUACCUCCAGGAGCUCAAGGCCUCUACACCCUCUGCACCAAAACCGGCCACCGUGGAGGAGAAAGCCGUGGAUAUUGCGGCCAAAUUUGGAGAAUUGACGACCAUGCCUUCCCAGUCAGCCAUACCUAGCCACAUUGAGAUUCAGGAAAAGAAAGCUCGCCGAGCACGACUUGCAAACAAUGCUCAACCCGAAGAACAAGAUUUCAUUGCCGUAAAUGAAUACGCGUCGGAUGAGGAGGGCUGGAGGCUUGAAUCACGACACGAAGAGGCGCAAGAAGAUACUCGGCUCGUUCGGGACGAUAGAGAUUUUGCGGAGGGAUUUGAAGAAUACACGGAGGAUAGCGGACUCUUUCUAGAAGCCAAAGCGCAACGUGAAAAAGCACGCCAAGAGCGAGAGGCUAUGCGGGAGCUCAUUGAUGAUGCUGAAGGGGCUUCGCACGAAGACUCUGACCUCGAAGAAAAGGCCGCCUACGAAGCUACUCAAACCAAGGCGGCUAUGGGUAAUAGCCGAUCCGGUCGCACCGAAUACCCUAGAAUUCCUCCCCAUAAAAGCGAUCUUCCUUCAAUGGACGAUAUUGCUCUAAAGGGCCGCGAGCGUGUGACAGCAAAGAGAGCAGCCCAGAUGGAUCUCAUCUCUCAAAUGGAUGAACUGCGAACGGGAAAGGAAGCCCUCAGUGGUGCCAAGGCGGCCGCGCAAGCUUGGAUCGACGAAGCGAAAGUAAAAUACGAGAAGCUCCUGCAGGAGAUCGGCAUUGACCUGAAGAACGAGAAAUCAAACCGAGAAGGAGAAUUGGAGAAUUUCGGGGCGCCUCUGACAAUUGAGUAUCCGAGCGCCAGCGAGACUUCGCCCUGA